AUGGAGGAGGUGGGGGUAGAAGCUGGUGGUGGGAAGGUGUCCCAAACACCUCCUGGGCCCCCAAAAGCCCAUGGGAUUUUCAGGGAGCUGCCGCUGCUGCUCUGCCUGGCCGCGCUGGGCGCCGGCUGCCGGGCUGGCACCACCCCCGCCGGCACGGCCGGGCCCUCCGCUGAGCCGCUGCAGGACGAGGCGGACAACCAGGAGAACAUCCUCUCGCAGCUGCUAGGUGACUACGACAAGGUGAAGGCGGUGUCCGAGGGCUCCGACUGCCGCUGCAAAUGCCUGGUCCGACCCCUGGGGCGCGGCGCCUGCCAGAGGAUUAACGAGGGCGCCUUCAGGGCCGAGGAUUUUUACACGGUGGAAACCAUCACGUCAGGACCCAGCUGCAAGUGUGCCUGCGUGGCCCCCCCCUCGGCUCUCAACCCCUGCGAGGGCGACUUCAGGCUGAAGAAACUGCGGGAGGCAGAGAGCAGCGACCUGAAGCUCUCCUCCAUCGUCGAGAUGCUGGAAAGUGCCUUCUAUGGCUUGGACCUUCUGAAGCUGCACUCAGUCACCACCAAGCUGGUGGGCCGGGUGGAGAGGCUCGAGGAGGGCAUGGCCAGGAACCUGACACAGGACAGCCAGCGGGCAGGGGCCAGCGGGGAGGAUGCCCUGCAGGAUGCCCCUGGCAGGGAAAACUGCUCCAGGCUCCUCCCCAGCAGCCUGGCUGACAUCGAGAGCUCUCUGCAGAGGGAUGCUGAGGCUGCCUACGCUCACCCAGAGGGAAAAUACGAAGAAAGAUUCCUGAAGGAUGAAACCAUCUCCCAGCAGAUCAACUCAGUGGAAUCCCUGCCGGAGCUGCAGCUCUCCCAGGAGGACAAGAAGCCCGAGCAGCUCUUGCAGAGGAAGCUGGGGGUGAGGAGCCGGCCUCCUUCCAAGCCCACCAUCGUCAGAGGGGUCACCUACUACAAAGCCCAGGCCCCUGAGUCAGAGAAUGACAUCGAGGAGACACCGGACGAGCUGUUCAGCGGGGACAACACGGUGGACCUGCUGAUAGAGGACCAGCUCCUGAGGCCCAGCAGCAGGGCAGGCGAGCCCGUGAGGAAGCCUUCCCCAGUGGGGUGGCCACCCACCCCUGGCAGCACUCCCAGCACGGUGCCAGCUGCUGUGACAACCACGGCGUCCCUGUCCCCUGCCACGCCGCACCCCAGCACCGCCGGCCGGCUGAUCCCUGACCCUGAGUCUGUGACUGCCCCGGCUGGGCUGGCAGAGGAGGGCACCCCACAGCUACCCACAGCCUGGGCCAGCACGGUGGUGGCCACAGCCACAGAGGACUUGCCCACGGCCACCCCUGCUGGGGGCUGGAGUGACAUGGAGAGCAGCCCAGGAGCCUGGGUGCAGGCAAACACCCCCCCAACGCCGGCCAGUCCUGCCACCCCAAAGGAGGGCCUGGAGGAGGAGGACAUCAGGAACAUCAUUGGGCGCUGCAAGGACACGCUGUCCACCAUCUCGGGGCCCACCACGCAGAACACCUACGGGCGCAACGAGGGAGCCUGGAUGAAGGAUCCCCUGGCCCGGGAGGAGCGGAUCUACGUCACCAAUUACUACUAUGGGAACACCCUGGUGGAGUUCAGGAACCUUGACAACUUCAAGCAAGGUCGCUGGAGCAACUCCUACAAGCUGCCCUACAGCUGGAUCGGGACGGGACACGUGGUCUACAACGGCUCCUUCUACUACAACCGCGCCUUCACGCGCAACAUCAUCAAGUACGACCUGAGGCAGCGCUACGUGGCCGCCUGGGCCAUGCUGCACGACGUGGCCUACGAGGAGGCCACCCCGUGGCGCUGGCGCGGCCACUCGGACGUGGACUUCGCCGUGGACGAGAACGGCCUGUGGGUCAUCUACCCGGCCAUCAGCUACGAGGGCUCCAGCCAGGAGGUGAUCGUGCUGAGCAAGCUGAACGCCGCCGACCUCAGCACGCAGAAGGAGACCACGUGGAGGACGGGGCUGCGCAAGAACUUCUACGGGAACUGCUUCGUCAUCUGCGGGGUGCUGUACGCCGUGGACAGCUACAACAAGAGGAACGCCAACAUCUCCUACGCCUUCGACACGCACACCAACACGCAGAUCAUCCCCAGGCUGCUCUUUGAGAACGAGUACGCCUACACCACGCAGAUAGACUAUAACCCCAAGGACCGCCUGCUCUACGCCUGGGACAAUGGCCACCAAGUCACCUACCACGUCAUCUUUGCCUACUGAGACCCCCCCACCACAGUGGGGCACUGCAAGCCAGGGGCCACCAGCACCUUUUAUUAUUAUUUUUAUUGUUAUUAUUGUUAUUUUGUACAAAUCGAAGAGUAAAUGAUGGGUUUUGUUUCGAGCUGGUUUUUUAUGGCGGAUUGUAGAUCGAUCCCCAGGCCAGAACCACCCCCUUCGUCUUUGCUGUAUCCUCGCUUCUGAUUUUCCUUCCCAGGGGAAGGAGGUUCUCCUUUGGAAGGGCAGGCCCGGCUCUCCUGCCCAGGGAAGAGGAGGUGGCCCAGGCAGGGUCCUCCUCCUGAUGAUGUUUUCAGCUAAAGAUGAUCAGCAAGCCACCCUGCAGCAGUGCAAGGCUGCACACACCGGGUCGCAGCGGGACUGCUGCCUGUCCUGGUGGAGGAGCUGCACGUCCCACGGCCACGUCCCGUCUCUCAGGACCACCUUCCCAGCUGACAGCCAGCAGGGAGACCCUGCUGUACAACGGGGCUGCGAGCUCAGCUCCAGCUCCCUGGUGCUGGUACUGACGCCCAGGACUGUCCCCUCUGCUCUCUGCGGGCUGCUCUGGGGGCCGGGCGCACCCCGAGCCCUGACUCAGGAGGGGCGUGCUGUAAAUACGUGUAGAUGGCUUUUGUUUGUUCAUUUUGUAACCCGAAGUAGUCCCCCUUGGCAUCUGCUGGGCGCUGGGCAGCCUGGGCAGGGGCUGGCAGAGCCUUCCCUGUGCCGCUCCAUCUCCUACACCCCCUCUCACGCCCAGCCUGCUCCUGGACCAUCAGGAUCCCUCAGAGAGGCACAGCCCUUGCCCUCCUGCCCACCAGCAUCUUGUAUUUACCUGCUGUCAGUAAUAAAGGAUCCAGUACCUUCGCAGCUGUUCGGGGCUUUCUUUGGCUCUGGCUCACCCUCUGGGUGCAUGAAAUGCUGUUUUGGGUGGGUUUUGGUUGGACUGGGGAGAGCAGGCUUCCACACCAGGUGGGGACAAACCCCAGAGGGCCUUAGGAUGCUUGGGACUGGCACUGGGGCAGGGGGACAUGGCCAUGUGGGGUACCCGCUCUCCAGCAGCAGGAGGGGGACAAGGUGGAUGUGCCAGGGGCAGUGCCACCGUUGUGCCAAGCAGAGCCACACUGUAGGUGUUCCAGUAAUUUGCCCAAGGAAAACGGUAUUAACAAGCAGAAUAAUAAAGUUGUUAGUAAUAAAUAAAAGAAGGAUUUUAUUGCCUUCAGUACUAGGGACACAGAGGACGGAGUUACACAGGAUGAGAGAUGCUCUCCACCACCAGAGCCCAGGGGUGCUGGCUGAGGAAGUGGUGCUGCAGCAGUCCCGAGCCCCCAGCCCUUGCUAAGGUGCCAAGCCCAGCCACCAGCCCAGUGGCCUCCCCAUCUCCCUGGCAGCAAACGCCCCCAGAGCAGCCAGCAGCCCCUGCCCACGGCUGCAGGGAGCUGUAUGCCUCUGCCUGGGGCACUGCUGGGGUUUUUAUCCUGCCUGUUGUGAGCUGGCCUGCAGUCAGGUGGG